CUCUUCCAUCUGCAACGCCUGUGAUCUGGCUACGUCACACUUGUGCAGAGUCGACCCACACAGCCAUACCGCAUUCUUUCGCCAGCGCAUCCACCUCUUCUGCCUCAAGCCGCUCCAGGAGAAUCUCUAAGGGAAUUUCUUGAUCAAUCGUUAGAAUACUGAUCAAGAAGCCCAGAAAGAGCACCGUUUACCUUCAGCGUGGUAUCCAUUGAAACCAUAUGGAUGUAUCGUCCAAAGGGUGGUGAGACUUGGAAUUGCCGUCAUACUAGUAGCGGUUUCAAUCAUGUAUUUAUGACCAAUCCAUUUUAUCAAAUUCGCUCACCAGUCAAAACGGAGUACAAUAAAAUGGCUCUUUUGAUCUUCCGUCUUCCACACCCCCGUUCACUGCUAGCCGAACUACUUCGUGCCAAUGCCUCGACCAGAAUCUUACUCGAAUCAUGGACAAGACCAUGUCUGGCCACCAAUUUUGUCAAAAUCAUACCAUCACAUUUUUCUUUUAUGUACUCAUAUCAGCGAGGUGGCCUCUUGUCUUCCAGCUGAUACCCCAAACCCCAUCAAACGGUUCUGUGAAAUCGUCCUUCAGAAGUUACCCAGAGACGCCAGUGAUAUCAAAAGUUUCCAAACAGAGUCGUUCAAUAGUUUGCUGGUCGAUCUGGCACCCAUAACUCUUGAAUACAAGAUCGAUGCUAGUACGGUUGAGCCGCCUAUUGCUCAGAAACGACGCGACGAUGACGAAAGACCCGGGGACCUUUCAACUGACAUCAACUUCUCACUAAUUCCUCUCUUGGAAGAUCUUUUUGACCCUACCGAGUCCUCUGCGGCGCCGUUCAGCCUUCAGGCCACCAACAUGAAUCAUCCAAGCCGGAGCCAACCACCAUUCAGUUCCUGCUUUAUCCCGGACGAUAAGGUCCUUGGAGGAAGUGGGAAGGUUAUCAAGGUUGACCGCAACGGCAAUUUCAACAUCCGAGCAUCAGAUGAAUCGACACAUGGAGGCGAAGGUAACAGACGUACCAGGCCCACCAUCCAGGACGUUCAGGCUGAUCAAUCCGAACGCAACAAUACGACAACUUUCUCGCAAUUUUCAAAACUCGUUCCGUACCAAAACUUGUUACAGCCUAUUAUGAAUCUGUUUCCUCUGUUCCUGUGGUCAGAGCCAUAAAUACCGUGCCUCGUACUCGUCCUCGUUCCAAUACGUUCGUCAUGGCUGCACCGCCUCAACUCCCACAAACUCCGGUUUCCCUCCGCCAUCCUACAUCCUCUUCAAAUGCCGUAUCUGUUAGCACCGCUUUACGCACUGGGGCUCCUUCAGAUGUCACAAUCAAUGGCGACAGUGCAGGCUCCAAAGAUUCCCGAGUCUACAUAUGCCAGGAACUUUCUUCAUGCGCAAUCUCACCCCCAACGCAAGGCAUAAACAUGAUUGUGGGCGAACAAAGCAACAAGCGGAGCCGAUACCAGAGUCCUGACCUGGAAGACCAAACGCUUUCACACCGACCGUGUAAAUUCAGACGCAAGUCAAAUAACGGGCCAGGUCUCUCGGGCUCGAAGUAACCUAUACUUGUAAAUCUGCAGAUAUAAAUCAAACAUGAACGAUUACUUACGCUGAAACCUGGAGAGAUCUAUCUUAGUAGCGAGCGUCGUGAGAUAGG